CGCUCGUCCUCGCAGCUACGGCGCCUUCUCCUCCUCCUCCUCUUCUUCUUCUUCCUCGGCCAUGCGUGCGCGUCUGCUGCGCCGGGCUUGCGCGCUGCUGGGGCUGCUGAGCGCGGCGGCUUUGCUGGCUCUCCAGUUGCCCUCCUCUCCCUUCGGGGCGCCCGCGGGCGCCGGGGCGAAGGGAGGCGGGACCCCGCAGGCCAGAGCCCCCACCGCCCUGGAGCAGCUGGACCAGCCGGUGCAGCGCAAACCCCCUCCGGAUCCCUCUGCGCCGGGGGAGUGGGGCAAAGCGGCUUACUUGAACCUGGACCCCGAGCAGAAGCGUCAGCAGGAGCGCCUGCUGGACCGCUACGCCAUCAACAUCCACCUGAGCGACCGCCUCUCCUUGCACCGCCACAUCCACGACGGUCGCAUGGCCGAGUGCCGGGCCAAGCGCUACGCCUACCGGCGCUUGCCCACCACCUCGGUGGUCAUCGCCUUCUACAACGAAGCCUGGUCCACCUUGCUCCGGACGGUCCACAGCGUCUUGGAGACCAGCCCGGCCGUCCUCCUCAAAGAGGUCAUCCUGGUGGACGACCUCAGCGACCAGCCCUACCUGAAGGGCCAGCUGGAGGCCUACCUCAGCCGCCUGCCCCGCGUGCGCCUGAUCCGCACCCAGAAGCGGGAAGGGCUGGUGCGGGCCCGCCUCAUCGGCGCCACCUUCGCCACCGGCGAGGUGCUGACUUUCCUGGACUGCCACUGCGAGUGCGUGCCGGGCUGGCUGGAGCCGCUGCUGGAGCGCAUCGCCCAGAAUGACUCGGUGGUGAUCUGUCCAGUGAUCGACACCAUCGACUGGAACACUUUCGAGUUCUACAUGCAGUCCGGCGAGCCCAUGAUCGGCGGCUUCGACUGGCGGCUGACGUUCCAGUGGCAGGUGGUGCCCGAGGACGAGAGGCGUCGCCGACGGUCCAAAGUCGACCCCAUCCGCUCGCCCACCAUGGCCGGAGGCCUCUUCGCCGUCAGCAAGAAAUACUUUGAGUACCUCGGCACCUACGACACCGGGAUGGACGUCUGGGGCGGCGAGAAUCUGGAGCUCUCCUUCCGCGUCUGGCAGUGCGGCGGCGUCUUGGAGAUCCACCCGUGCUCCCACGUCGGGCACGUCUUUCCGAAACGGGCCCCGUACGCCAGGCCUAACUUCCUGCAGAACACCGCCCGGGCUGCCGAGGUCUGGAUGGACGGCUACAAAGAACACUUCUACAACCGCAAUCCUCCGGCCCGCAAGGAGAACUUUGGCGACCUGACCGAACGCAAACUCUUACGGCAGCGUCUACAGUGUCAGGAUUUCGACUGGUAUCUGAAGACCGUCUUCCCGAACUUACACGUCCCCGAGGAUCGGACGGGCUGGCACGGCGCCAUUCGCAAUCUGGGCAUCACCUCCGAAUGUUUGGAUUACAACGCGCCGGAACACAAUCCCACCGGGGCCCACGUGAGCCUGUUCGGAUGCCACGGCCAGGGGGGCAACCAGUUCUUCGAGUACACCUCCAACCUGGAGAUCCGCUUCAAUUCCGUGACCGAACUCUGCGCCGAAGUGCCGGAGCAGAAGGAUUUCGUCGGCAUGAGGAACUGUCCGAAGGAUAAGACGCCCGUGCCGGAAAUCCUAAUCUGGCAUUUUAAAAAAGACGGCACUGUCUUCCACCCUCACUCCGCCAAGUGUCUGAGUGCCUACCGUACUCCGGAGGGCCGGGCCGACGUAAAGAUGAGGACGUGUAACCCUUCGGAUAAGAACCAACAAUGGAGGUUCGAAAAAUAGAACCGAAUUGGGACACCUGUCCCCCCCCCCCAAAUCAUUCUGAGUGACAGAACAUUUGAGGUAACAUUUGCCAAAAUUUCUAGAUUGAAAACAACAGGAAAGAGGAAAAAACGACGCGAUUGCUGGACCAGUUGGUCAAAAAGUGCCUUUUUGUCCCCACCCCUCAACGGAGGGAUUUGCAGAACGCGACGACGCCUUUGCGCAAUGAGUGGGUUUGUUCUGCACGGAUUACAAACGGGAGCGUUGGGAUUCUGCACGGGAUUACGCAAACGGGAGCCUCCCCGGAAAAAAAAGCUAAAUUCAAACGAAUUCAGGACUGCGCAAUAAUCGUUGUGUUUUUAAGAUUUGCUCAAAAGAUGCACAAUGUCGCGACAUUCAGGAAAAUGGCGGACGAGAAGCGCGGCCGCGAAGCGACACUUCUCAACGUGGCCACCUUGGAAGAUGUGUGGACUUCAACUCCCAGAAUUCCACUUCCACGCCCAGAAUUCCCCAAGCAAGCAUGGCUGGCUGGCUGGGGAAUUCUGGGAAUUGAAGUCCACACCCCUCUUAAAAAUGGCCGACGUUGAGUAACUCGGUCUGAAAACAAGGAAUUCCUUAAUUCCGCAAGUUUCAUGUCUGCCCUUUUUAAAAAUAUCGUUGUGAAGGUUAAGAAAAAGUAUAAAGAAUUAUUUUUUAUUUAUUUUUAAAAAGGGCAGAAAUGAAAUUUUGGGAAUUCCUGAUUUUUGGGAAUUCCCAGUUUUAACGCCUCUCCUUUUCUCAACGCACCUCGCCUCGUCAUUAGAUUUUGCGUUUAAACAAGUGUGUAAGUAGUGUUUGUGUCAAGUGGUUAAAUUGGUUAAACCAGUGUUUAACUAUUGUUUCGGUAAAUCUGUUAAACAAGUGUUUGUUUAAAUUGGUUAAGCAACUGUUUAACUAGUGUUUGUGUAAAUUGGUUAAACAGCAGUUUAACUCGUGUUUGUAAAUUGGUUAAACCUGUUUAUAACUAGCGUUUGUGUACAUUGGUUAAGCAACUGUUUAACUAGUGUUUGUGUAAAUCGGUUAAACCGCUGUUUAACUAGUGUUUGUGUAAAUUGAUUAAACAGCGGUUUCACUAGUGUUUGUAAAUCGGUUAAACCGCUGUUUAAUUAGUGUUUGCGUAAAUCGUUUAAACAGCUGUUUAACUAGUGUUUGUGUAAAUCAGUGAAACAACUGUUUAACCAGUGUUUGUGUAAAUUGGUUAAACAACUGUUUAAUUAGUGUUUGUAAGUUGGUUAAACAAUUGUUUAACUAGUGUUUGUAUUGGUUAAACAAUUGUUUAGCUAGUGUUUGUAAAUUGGUUAAACAACUGUUUAAUUAGUGUUUGCAUUGGUUAAAAACUUUACAGUUAAACAACUGUUUAACCAGUGUUUGUAAAUUGGUUAAACAACUGUUUGGUGUUUGUAAAUUGGUUAAACAACUGUUUAACUAGUGUUUGUAAAUCAGUUAAACAACUGUUUAACUGGUGUUUCUAUUGGUUAAGCAACUGUUUAACUACUGUUUGUAAAUCAGUUAAACAACUGUUUAAUUAGUGUUUGCAUUGGUUUAACUGUUUACAGUUAAAUAUUUUGCUUUUCCCGAGGCCCGCCCGCCCGCAAACACGCCUUUGAAAAGGUCAUUUAUCCCAGGCUGAGCCUUCAAGGUGGCGCCCUUCUUCCGCCUUGAGCCACGUGGCAGAUCCGUGGCACAUCCGUGUCUUAGGCGUGUAGAGACCGGUUAGGACUCGUUUUUUGGGUGGUUUUUUUAUUAUUAUUAUUAUUUUGCAAACGAGGCUCAAAUCUCCCUAACAUUUCCAGCUCGCCGAGGGGUGCAGAAAAAAAAAAAGGGCCUUGAAGCCGAGACGGGCGAGGCCGAGAUUUUUUUUUUGAAAGAUUGACGUGAAAAGAAAUGGAAUUUGACAGCUCCCGUCUGGGUGGGGCUGAAAGAGAAUUUGGAGGGGGGGGAGAAGAGAAUAAAAUAAAUAAAAUAAGCUGUGGAGCCCGGGUGAGUCGUCGGCCUUCUGCCUCAGGGCUUCCGAGAAGCGUUUUUUAAGAGGCUGGAAAUAGGAUUUCAGAGGAACGGAAGUUGGGAGGGACCCGGGAGGUCAUCUAGUCCAACCCCCCCCCCCGCUCAAGCAGGAGACCCUGACAGAAUCACGGAAUGCCAGAGUUGGAAGGGACCCUGGAGGUCAUCUAGUCCAACCCCCUCAAG